CGAUAAGCCCGACGCAACUGCGACGCAGCAGAGCAAACUCGUUUCGCUUUUCGUUUCACACAUUUUUAUGUAACUUUCGGAGCGACAGGGCCGACACAUAAACAAAAAACAAAUCUUAGCUUGUGCAAUUAGUACCUUCUCCCAACUGCAACGCGGCCUGCAGCUCCAAAUUCAUAGUUUUCGAGAUCAAGGCUGUCCAGGCAGAGUAAACAAACAACAGCAACAACAACAGCUGACACAACAACAACAGCGAACAACCUGUGCGCGUCUGAUUAAUAUUCCGGGUUAGAUAUUUUCAAUUAGCAGUCGGUAGCAUCAUGUCGAUCAGGCGAACCAUGUCCACAACAUCCUCCAAAGAGUGGCGGGAUUACUUCAUGAGCACCCACUUCUGGGGACCGGUGGCCAACUGGGGAAUUCCGGUCGCUGCUCUCGCCGACACACAGAAGAGCCCCAAGUUCAUCUCCGGCAAAAUGACACUGGCUCUGACCCUCUAUUCGUGCAUCUUCAUGCGAUUCGCCUACAAGGUGCAGCCCCGUAACUGGCUGCUCUUCGCCUGCCACGCCACCAAUGCCACCGCCCAAUCGAUCCAGGGAAUGCGCUUCCUCCACUACAACUACGGGUCCAAGGAGCAGGAGGCGUAAAUUAUUCGCUGUUUUAAAGCCCACUUCCCCGAGAACGACGCGCGAUGCCACUUCAAAUGUUUACCCAACAGCAGCAGCUAGCGCAAUUUACUGCCACCACACGCAACAAUCCUCUAGCAAAUUGCACUGCCCCCGUAAAUUCAAAAGCAAGUGGUAAAGUAAUUGCCGUGAAUCACACCCGCACAAUUGGCUGAAUCUCGAAUCGCGAAGUUGUCGUGUCCCUGUCGUCGUUUUUUCUGGGGUCAUAUCCCAAUUCCAAUUGAGUCUAUUCGAAACCUGUUGCUUUGCUUAUUUAGUUAAUUCCGUUUGGCAAUUGAACAAAAUUUGAAGUUGGUGCAAUCCUUAGUUUACGAUCAUAGAGUAUGUUUACAAAAAUAUGAUUCAAAGUGUUAUAAGUAACAGAAAAAUCGAAUUUUGUCUGUAAUCUGUGACCGCAUCUGGCUGUAAUAAAAAUUAUACAUUGAA